GGAUCGAAUAAGCAGAUUUACUGUACCCUUAUGACUCAAGAUAGGAUUAGAUAAGGGGGAGGGUACCAUUCCUCGUUGAAACUGCAAGUGAGCAAUCAAAGCUUCUCCUGGCCAAAUUCCCAUUGGAAGGUUGCUCUCUAUGAGAUAACAUAAGGGCUAAAGCUCAACCCUAAGCAGACUCUUCCUUCAGUGAGACUUUCCAGCAUCGCUCGACAUGAAAGCCAUGAAGAUACUAGUCUUCUUUCUCUGCUGCCUCCCUUUGAAGCCCGCUUUGUCAAGGCACAGUCGUUACCAUGCGAUCUUCAGCUUGGGCGACUCUCAUAGUGACACCGGAAACUACCCCCGUACCGAGGCGGUCGCAUUUCAAGUCAUCAAAAGCCUCCCUUAUGGCGAGACUUUCUUCCGAAACGCGACUGGUCGAUGCUCGGACGGACGCCUCAUUGUUGAUUUCAUAGCUGAAGCAUUUGGACUGCCAUAUCUUCCACCAUAUCUGGCAGUAGCCAAAGGUCCACAUGUUCGUAUUCGUAAGGGAGUGAACUUCGCAGUUGCUGGUGCCUCGGCAAUCAACUCGUCUUUCUUCUCUGCUCAGAAGAUUGCGUUGUGGACCAAUGACUCAUUGAGUGUUCAGCUUGGCUGGUUCAAGAAUUUAAAGUCAUCUCUCUGCACCACCGAACAAGAAUGUGACGAGUACUUCAAGAAAUCACUGUUUCUGGUGGGGGAGAUAGGUGAAAAUGACUAUAACUUUCCCGCUCUUUCUGGUCAAAGCAUUAAACAGCUACGUGCUUUGGUACCACUUGUCGUUGGAGCAAUCACUCGUGCCGUCAGCAUGCUAAUAGAAGAAGGGGCUGUAGAUCUGAUGGUGCCGGGACAGUUGCCGGUAGGUUGCACCUCCAUGUUCCUAACCGUAUUUCAAAGCGCUAAUGAAUCAGCGUAUGAUAAUAGAACUGGGUGUCUCAAGGCUUAUGAUGCCUUCUUCAAGUAUCACAAUAACUAUCUCAAGCAAGAAUUACAAAAUUUGAAAAGGGGCCUUGAGAGAUCUGUACUCUAUUGGAUGGUAGCAUCGAGACUGAAGAAAAAAAUGUCCUCUAAUAAAUCCAGUAAUGCUUCGCCCGUCCCUACUGAAGAAUAUCGUGCGGCUUGA